GAUGAGGUUAUUGUUCUUAAACAUGACGACUUGAAAAUACAUGGAGAACAUUCUGAACUACACAGUCCAAUGAAUAGCGUUCAUGAUGUCUUAAGAGAAGCAGCAAAUUUUAUGACCGAUGGACCUCUUCAAGCUUCCUCAAAUAAAGAUAAUCAGCAAGUGCUUGUGGACGAGGUUGAUGUCGAAUAUAGUCCCAAGAAGUUGCAUCAGCCAAUCGAAAUCGUUGUUCGACAUAACAAAGUUGUGGAACAACCAGCUAGUGACAGUGAUGACGAGGAAAAUGUGGGACAAACAUAUGAAAGUGGUCUAUCGAUACAGCAGAAUAGGCCUUGCUCGUCUUCUACGGGUAAGGAUGUUAAGUGGAAACGAGGCCACCGUCGUGCAUGGAGUAUGCCAAAUGCAAAAGGAGACAAAAUGACUUUGGCUGUGAUGCAGGAUAAGGAAACAAAGGCUGAUGGGAAUACUCACACACGUCGAGUGGUGCGUUAUCGUCUGCAUCAAGGUCAUAAAAAUACUCUACAUCCGUCUGGUUUAAAACUUGAUUUGGAUGAAAUGCCUCACCCAGACGAUGAUGACCACGAAUUGGAGGUUUUUUGGGAAGCUAGAUGGAAAGCUACAAAUUUCGAGUAUCUUCCUGAGUGGUUACAGGAUAAUGAGUAUCUUAGAACAGGUCAUCGUCCACCACUUCCUUCCUUUAGUAGCUGUUUCAAGAGCAUCUUUGCCCUCCACACGGAAACGGGUAACAUUUGGACACAUAUGUAUGGCUGUGUCGCAUUUAUCGGUGUCGCCUUUUGGUUCCUCAGUCGCUCGUCCACACAAAUCCAGUUUAUGGAGAAACUCAUAUUCUCAACGUAUUUCAUUGGAGCCAUAUUAUGCCUCGGCAUGUCGUUUAUAUUUCACACUGUGGCAUGUCAUUCUGACUCCGUUGGAAAGCUUUUUAGCAAGUUGGACUACACUGGAAUCACAAUGCUGAUUGUUGGUUCGUUCAUCCCUUGGCUUUACUAUGCGUUCUACUGUCGUCCACAGCCGAUGAUCAUCUAUAUCACGAUGAUCAGCGUUUUGGGUGUACUCGCAAUGAUUGUUUCGUUGUGGGACAAAUUUGCGCAGCCAAAAUAUAGGGCUUUGCGUGCGGGAAUCUUUGUUGCCAUGGGACUUUCAGCACUUUUUCCUGCUGCACAUUUAGUGUUUGUGGAUGGAGUAGAGUUUAUUUAUAAAAAGGCAUCCUUGAUAUGGAUGUUGUCCAUGGGAGCAAUGUACAUAGGUGGUGCAACAAUUUAUGCCACAAGAAUUCCAGAGCGGUGGUUUCCUGGAAGAUGUGAUCUAUGGUUUCAAUCUCAUCAAUUGUUCCAUACAUUCGUUGUCAUUGCGGCUUUCAUCCACUUCCACUCUAUUACGGAAAUGGCCCAAAAAAAGUUAAUGGAGGGUUCGUGCGCUGAACAACUAUUAGAAAGAUAUGGAACAGAAUCUUAUCCGUCUGUACUUGGUGGGCUGUUAGGACCAGACGAGGACCCAAAUACCAUUUCUUGGAGCGCUAGUAUUACAUCGUAG